GCGCGCGCGGCUACUAAGCCCAUCAGCGCCCAGCUGCAGCAGGCGUCAGACAAACGCAUUAAGCAUCAGAAGCAGCUCGAACGACAUGAAGAACAGCUCCGUGUCUACCAGCUCCGAGUGGUCAACGCCCGCCAACACCUCGAGCAGCAGGAAAAGCUUGUCCAACAAGAGCAAGCAGCCAUCGAGGAGACCCGCAUCAAGAUCGAGGAGGCGAAGAAGGCAGAGGCAACCGCAGAUUCAGCGGAAGCCGAGCAGGUGCCAGGUUUGGCCCACAGUCUUGAUGAUACUCCUGCAGUCGAACUGUUGGCAGCGGUUGAGCGGAAGGUCAGCGCCAUGGCCAACGACAACCAGACCGAGCUGGGGAACAUCUUCCAGAGGCUCCUCCGCAGCGACGCCGAGCAGCAGGCGAGCGAGGCGGCGACGGCCCUGAGGCACGCUCCAGAUCGCCCACCAGCCGUGAGGCAGGAGUGGCCGAAGGGUCUGCAGAGCCCAAGGAUAGUGCACGCAUACCUGAGAACUCGGAGUUUUGGGAUUGUCAGUUUAUACAGUAACUAUUGGGUAGACUCUAUCGGGCCUGGUAGGGCCAACAUGGUUCUGUCCAAGAUCUUGGGGUCUCAUAUCCUGGGCUCUGGAGUCCCCUUCGUCGCGGGUGGUGAUUUCAACGUAAACCCUGAGACGCAUCAUGAGCACAUGAGGCCCCGCAAGUACCUAGGAGAGAUUUACGCACCUGAGUCCGCGACCUGCAUCAUCGGGGACAACAGGACCGUCAUUGAUGAUUUCAUCGUAUGCCGUCAACUCGCCCUCAGCUUCGAGAGGAUAGCAGUAGACGAGGAUGCGAUGAUACCGCCGCACAAGCCAGUUACGAUGUCCUUGAGCAGCGCUACCGAGGACAUAUUGGUUCAAAGGAUUGUUAAAUACCAGAAGGUGCCAGCUGAGGUCCCCACAGGCCCCUCGAAGCCCCCGCCCGACUACGGUGAUUUGGCUGACGAGAUUCAGGCCCUGCUCGAGGAUUUUCGCCACCCUUCAGGAAAAGGUUUUAGAGCGCCAGCAGGAGACGGCGAGAAGGCGAUCCUGCAGGCUGCUCUGGAUCGCAUCUACCCCGCCUGGACUGACAGGACCCUGUGGAGGAGCCAUUGCGAGUUCUGGCACCACUUCUGCGCGGAGCUCGGCACCCUUGCUCUCACUCCAGGCAAGCAGGACAUCUUCGUCCAGGCUGUCGAGUGCUGGGUGCCCAUCCUUGUUCAGCUGCAGGAUCCCCUGGACACCAACUACUGGAUUCCCCCAGGCCCCUCCAGAGACCAUUUACGUAAGAUCUCGUCAAAGUUCAAGACGUUCACCACCGCUGUGGACGGGUACCACCCCAAGCACUUCUCCCAGCUCUCUGAAGGCGCCCUAGAGGUCAUGGAAGGCAUCGUUAACACCAUGAACGUUCUAGGAAGCAGCCCUUCGGCGCUGAAAGAACUGAUUGUUGCACUAUUCCGCAAGGCGACUGGAGGUCGAAGGCCCAUCGGGUUUUACAAGAGCUUCAGCCGCAUUUACUCCAGGAGCCUAUCUCACCACUGCCGCGAAUGGGAACGUAUCUCGGCCAAGUCGAAACAUUUCAACAUGGCCCCUCAUAGGCACACUACAGAUUCCGUCUGGAGGGCGGUGGUGAGAGGCGACAUCGCAGAUCAUUCAGGCAAGUUUGUAGCUACCCUCCUGGCAGAUUUAAAGCAGUGCUACGAGCACAUUGGCCAUCACACAAUGCUCAGCGAGGGCAUGAGGUGUGAUUUCCCUUUGUUCGCGCUGAAGGCGGCGCUCGACUCUUACAGGUGGCCACGGAGGCUACUCGUGGACAACGCAGUUGGCGAGCCCCUCUACCCCACCAGAGGGAUUGUAGCGGGCUCCUCCACGGCCACCUUUGAAGUUAAAGGAUAUAUGAUUCCGACGAUCCGCGACACGACGAUCUACGAUGGCACGUCUCUCUCGAUACACAUCGACGACUUGGCGUUCGACUCGAUAGGAUGUACUGUUGAAGCGUGUUUGAAUGGCUUGGCGGAUCUUGCAGCUAGGAUUUUUCAUAAGUUCACGUAUACCCUCGAGCUCCCUAUCCAUAUGAAGAAGCUUAACUUCACGGCUAACAACUUCGAGGUCCUGAAGCAAGCUCCUGGGGCUCUUGGGGAAUACUCUGGGUCCAUCAAGAAUUCCAUUACCAAUCUGGGGGUGGACUAUAACGUGGGGAAGAUCAGGGCCGCCAAAGGAUGCAGAUCGAAAAAGAUGUCCAGGUGGAAGGAGAACAUGAAGCGUCUCCCCAAAAUCUGUCGACUUCGGGAUCGCAAACAAGGCGAGCCGAAAAAGGUCAAAAUAUACACCUGCGGAGUCAAGCCCUCCAUUUGCUAUGGGGAAGAAGUCUCAGGACAUUCACCUCAGGAAAUAAAAAAGUUAAGAGUUCAGACUGCACGGCUUCUCGGCAUUUGGUCGCCUGGCUGUGACAUCAACAUUUGCUGGCUCAUGAAGCCAGAGUCCGACCCCAUCUCCCACGCCAGUGCCACCCUCAAGAGGUAUUGCAGGGAGUGGUGGAUGACCACAGACAGCCAGAUUAAGCCGCCUGAUGCUCUCAGCCCGAAGGAGCUCCGCCAGAGCUACGAGUUCUCUCAGAGGUUUUUUGAUCAAGUACCUCGGGGGAAGGGUUGGGCCUACAAGGUUAGGAGCCCUCUCACGGACUCCCUCUUCUGGACGGGGCAGGCAGGCUGGUAUUUCAAAGGCCCCACGGCGGUCAAGACCAGCAAUGAGCUCGAGCUCAAGAUCACGGAGUCCUCACCAGCUCUCAUACAGAAGCUGUUCACGGCAGACCUCAGGCAUAAGUUUUUGGAAAGCUCGGUUUGCAAAAAACUUUGCGAGUCCGAGGUCCCCGACGAUGACAUCCACCCCAGGGCCAACGAGAUCAGAAAUCGAGGUUUGUGGGGUUUCCCGUUCAGUAAGGUCUGGAACAGCAGCAAGUGGAGCUACGAUUCAAAGAGACGCUUGAGAGAUUUAAUAUGCAGCACGACUCCCACCAGCCAUCUUCUUUGGAAGCGAGGUUUCAAGGUGGAGCCGACCUGCCUGUACUGCGGCCUGUGCGACACU